GUGAGGUGACGAGCCCCUUCUGCGCUCCGCCCCGUGUGGGUGACGGGAGGGGGGGAGGGAGCCAGGCAGAGCUGAUCCCACGUGUGACGCUCGCAUUCCCGGCUCAGUAAUAUUCUCUUAGCUCUGACAGUGUGUGUGUUAGUUACUGGCCAUAGUUGGGUUAGCCAUGGAGGGAGACGGGAGCCAAGCCACAUCUGGAAGCCCUAACGAUUCGCAACACGACCCGGGUAAAAUGUUUAUCGGUGGCCUCAGCUGGCAAACUUCACCAGACAGCCUUAGAGACUAUUUUAGUAAAUUCGGGGAAAUCAGAGAAUGUAUGGUGAUGAGAGAUCCCACGACAAAACGCUCCAGGGGAUUUGGCUUCGUUACGUUUGCGGAUGCGGCCAGUGUAGAUAAGGUCCUAGCUCAACCUCACCACGAAUUAGACUCAAAGACGAUUGAUCCUAAAGUUGCCUUUCCAAGACGCGCUCAACCCAAGAUGGUCACAAGAACAAAGAAAAUAUUUGUAGGCGGAUUAUCAGCUAACACAGUAGUUGAAGAUGUGAAGCAGUAUUUUGAACAGUUUGGCAAGGUAGAAGAUGCUAUGCUUAUGUUUGAUAAAACUACAAAUAGACAUAGAGGAUUCGGCUUUGUAACUUUCGAGAACGAGGAUGUGGUGGAAAAGGUCUGCGAGAUUCAUUUUCACGAAAUCAAUAAUAAAAUGGUAGAAUGUAAGAAGGCCCAGCCGAAAGAAGUGAUGUUUCCUCCAGGGACGCGGGGGAGAGCUAGAGGUCUGCCCUACACCAUGGACGCCUUUAUGCUGGGAAUGGGCAUGCUGAGUUAUCCAAACAUUGUAGCAACGUAUGGCCGCGGAUACACUGGUUUCGCCCCAAGCUACAGCUACCAAUUCCCUGGCUUCCCGGCAACAGCGUACGGUCCCGUAGCGGCGGCGGCGGCAGUGGCGGCAGCGCGCGGCUCAGGUAGGGGGGCCCGUGGAAGAGGCGGCUACGCAGCAUACCCUCAGAGCACAGGGCCAGGCUUCCCCGAUUACGGUUUCUAUUCCUCGCCAAGCGACCAACGGGGGCCCCCCUUCUCCUUUGCGGACUAUGGCUCCCUGGGCCCCCAGGCGGCUCAGCUGCUGCAAAGCGAGCAUGCCACAUCAGCCUGCAACUCCCCUCUCCAGCACCUGGCCAGCCCGGAUCAGUAUAAGAGCCCAGGCACCAACCCGCCCCGGCCUGGAGCCUUUCCUGGAGCCAGCAGCCCCGGGCCAGUGGCUGACCUGUACGGCCCCACCAGCCAGGACUCCGGCGUGGGCAACUACAUUAGCGCUGCUAGUCCCCAGCCCGGCUCCGGCUUCGGACACAGCAUUGCUGGUCCUUUGAUUGCGACAGCUUUUACAAAUGGAUACCAUUGAAACCUAACAGGUGGUUGGUUGCCAUCUCAUUUGAGCAGAGUUUAUCAGGAGGCCCGGGGAAGACUGGCCGGAGUUUCUAAUUGGUUCUGUGUACAGGUAAAGGCCAUUAAACUUCAAGCACUACAGCGCUGAACGGGAAUCUAAAGCUGAGAUGGCGCCACACGAAGAACAAACCCGACACGUCAGAAUCAUCUCAGAAAGAAGAAAAAAAGAAAAAAACAACUAAACAAUCUGCUGUACUAUACUGAAAACCUGGCUUUUGAAUAUUUUAUCCUAGCGUAGCCCUGACCUUGAAUUAGGAUUUUAUUUUUCCUUUAUUGCUUUUCCUUUUAGUCAUCUUUUAUUGUGUACACGUUGAAUCAACCAACGUUUGUUUGAGUUUCUAGAUGUUCUUCAUUGUUCUUGAAUGUUCUCUGAUGAGAGCGACUAUGUAAACAUAAACUAAUGUCUUUUUUUUGUUGUUGUUUUUUGAGGUAGUAAUAUUCCAAUAGCAGUUUCAUUUCACAGUCCUCGUCUAUCACAUUUUCAGGUUUUGUUUCAUUCAAGCAAGAAAACGGUUUGAAAUGACUCAGACAUUUUUAAUUCAAGCCUAAACCGCAGUGAGUGGGUCACUCAAAAAAAAAAAAAAAAUCUUAGUAGCUCUGUUCUAUGUUUAUUGUGAUGUCUUGUUAACCAUGAUUACCUAUUUUGGGCAAUAAGAGGACUACAAUAUUUUCACAGUCCUUUUUUAUAAAUGUCAUUUUUGUUGUCGAUGAUGAAAAAAAAAAAAAAAGAAAAAGCUUUCCUUUUAAUACUUUGUGAAAUGAGAUUUAAAAAGAAAAGAAUUCUGAAACUGUAAAUAUUAUUCUGUUCACUGCAUCAAACUGUUUCUGAGAGAGAACCAUAUUUUUGUGAUGGUGUCAUAGAGGUUGUAUCGUGCGCAAGCCGCAAUAUGUCAGUGCAAAAAUAUCUUCGAGGCUCAAUGCAGUAACCGAGGUCCAUCUGUAGCACAAAAGGCCGUGAUUAACCCCAGUACGGACGAAACUCAAUCCAACACUGUUAGCUCGCUUUGUAAAUACCGUCGGCUUUACAACUGUGCAGGUGUCAUACCAGCAUAUGGAUUAGAUGAUAGGACGUUAAGAUGUGCACAGCUUACAAAGAGAAUAUACUCCUUCACAAGGUAUACCGAAAUCACCACAAAAAUCCAAAGCACACAUGAGUUAUGAUUUCCAACCGUGUCGAGACAUUUCAUGUUAACAUUUCAGUUUGGCGUUCUAGUAUGGGCUUCUUUUUCCCGUCGAGUGUCCGUGCGCGUGGAACGAUUCGUCAAUAUUUCAAAAUUGCUCUAUGAUUAGGAAAAACAAGUCUUUUGUACCAUUACCUCAGUCCUGUGAGAAUUACUUUACGGAGAUUACAAAUUAAUUUAUUUUAGCCUGAGACAGAUAUUGAAAAAGAUAUUAAAGUGUUGUUUUGAAAUUAAGUAAAUCAUUGCACUGUGAGAGCGAGAGCGAGAGAGAGAGAGAGAGAGAGUUUAUCAUUUUCUAUUUGCACAUGUCAACUGACAGUCUCUAACAUGGGUCAUGUGAAGGACCGCCGUGGAAGCCGUUCGUUUCUUUCCUUCCACGCAGGAUAACACUUACAAAUCUCGAGUCUUGGCUUGCGUUGAUUUGAAGACUGUACUUUUAAAUGAUCUCUUUCCAGGGAUUUUAUUCUAGAAUAUCAGAGAUGACAGAUGAGUUUAUUGGUAGCAAUAGUUCAUUUCCUCAGAAACACUGAAACUGAUUGAAACCAGUAGCUGCUACACACAUAUGUUGUACAUGUGGGGACUGGAUUUGAUGAGACGCAAAUGGCAUUUAGAAAUAUGAAUGAUAUUUACAAAUAUGAAUUGACUGAUGUAUGCUGUUAUUCGAUCUUGUUGAAAAUGUUCCUUUAUUUAUUUUUUUGUGGGGGAGGGGAGGGGGGUUGGUUUUGUUUUUGUUUUUGUUUUUGUUUGUUCAUUUCACUAAACUAACAGGUGAGGCAGAAUGCUGGAUUCUUUCUCGAGAAAGAGACGCGAUAAAGUAAUAUGAUUUUUAAAAAGACAAGGAGAACUUUGUGCUAACUGUUUGAGCUGUUUCAAAAAAGACAAAAAAAAAAAAAAAAAAAGAAGGAAGAAAAUUAUCCCGAACAUGUUUUCGAUUUAAAUAGGGAUGGAUUUUUAUCAAUAUUUUUGUGGAUGUUAAUGAUUAUACUAAAUAUAACAAUGACAAUAAUACAGAUAUUAUGUACUGUAUUUAUCAAUUGUUUCUCUUCAUUCCCUGUCACCUCAUUCAGUAAUCUUAUGUUGAUCAUUGUAUUUUAGUAGUGUGUAAAAAAAGAAAACAAAACAAAAAAACAGGAAUAUGACUUUACCUUGUAAAAGAGUGCUGUCUUGAUGCCAGUGUAGUGGUCUAUACACUUCUUGGUUGGUAUUUUUCACAUUUCCCCCCCUCCUCUCACUCUCCUUUUGUCGUUUUCCCCCUUUCUCUAUAUCUCACACUCUCUCUUUAGUGAGUAGUCGUAGGUGUUAUGUACUUAAUGUUAAGAUGUAGAGGUAUUCAUUAGCAAUUGUAGGACCAGUAAGGAUAGAACUUUCUCUUUAUAAUCAUUUAAAGACAAAAGACAAAAAAUGCUGAGUGUUAUUUUCAUAGUAAUUUUUCUUUCUUUUCUUUUUGGUUCUCCUUUUUUUUUUUUUUUUUUUUUGUUCCACUGUUUUGCUGGUCUCACAUGGUUUCAACUAACCAAAGCUCUCACUGAUGAAAUCUAGGAGAAAGAAAUUGCUGUACGACAGAAUUGUAAUCAAGGCAUUAAUUGGAUCCCCACCCUUGAAUGUUUUAAAAGGGGUGUGCCAUACUACCUUAAAUGCUAACGCUAGAUAUGCAAAACCGUUUCACUUUCAUUCUUUUUUUUUAAGAGGGAUGCAAGCUAUAAUUAUGAGGAGGAGGAUGAUUUUUGUUACGUGAAUGAAUAUUUUUUUAGUAAGUUCUAACAAACUAACGACGAUGAUGAUGAUAUAGCCUAAUCAUUAUAGAAAACCUGCAAUAGGUUUUGAUAUUUAUACUCUUCAAAAAUAUCCCAGUGGCGCUACUUUUUAUUUUAUUUUAUCGUGCCUGCCUGGAACAUACGACGAUGUUGUUUUUGUGCUUUUUAAUUACAUUGCCAGCUUUUCAUUUUAAUUCAACAUCUACGUUCGAUACAUGUUCUGGUGUCACACUAAUUAGCUUGACUUGAGUGUAAAUCCAGUGUCACACUCAAUCUGUAUUCCUGAAUCACAUCUCUUCUCAGGGAUAUCAAACGUGAGCCAACGUACCACAGAUUUUUGUAACGCUAGCGAGUUAUGAUCAGUAUAGCACAACUUUUAAUGAAAGGUGUCUAAUUGUUAUUCAGUACAUUUGAGCUAAGGUGCUGUCGGGAUGAAUCGUGCACAGCAUUUUCUUACUGAAGACAUCUUUUUAAACUGUAACAUUAGUUGUUCUUAGUUGGGUGUCUCUUUAAAAAGUUGAUCCAUUUAGGUCUUGGUGCUCAUAGAUUUAACAGCUGAAGGCAAAUGUUUAACAGCAGAUGAAGCACAUUUCCUUUUCUGCUGUCAAAUAAGAGUGUGAUUUCUGUGAUUAAAAUGAAGGCUGGCAAUCUUUUUAAACAGUCUCUUCCAUUUGCGUCGGUUAGCUUCCCAUAUUUCCCCCCCCUCCCCGUAAUUUGAUCUCGUAGCUUGGACUUUAAGGUAGCAUGGCUCUGUUGCCACCAUUUUGUUUUCCAUGGACAGCAGUUUACAGCGGAUGAAUGUUACACAUCUUGCUAGACUAGUUAAAUCAUUGGAAAAUUGUUGGUUUAAAAAAAAAAGAAAAAAAAAAAGAAAAUGACCUGGAAGGUGUCGAGUGAUUUUGGGAGUGAACUACCGUAUCCAUUUAAACUUGAAUUUUGCGGCAAGUGCUAGGCAAUGGCCAAAACGAUCAUCCCACUAAUAAAGCAGCAAAACGUUCUACACUGUAAUGUCUAAUGUAUAUACAAGAUAUAUAUGUAUAGUGUAUAUAUAUCUCUUUGUUAAAUUGUUGAAUCAUCAUCGUAGGUGAACUGACGCUAGUCCACACUGUUCGUUUCACUCUCGCUGUGUGUCGUGUAAGAGCUGCGGCAGAUGUGCAGCAGUUUAGCUGCAGAUUGUGUCGCGUAAACCUGACGAGGACGUGUAGCUCAAUGGGGACGGUCAAUACGGUGUCAUUAGGUGGAGGGGUUUAUUUCUGCCACGUCCUUUGGGAACUCUGUCUCCCAUUUUCUCCUGAGGCUUAGGCCUCGCUGAUUGCCUUGCCCAUUCCUAACACUUGCCCAUUUUUUAAUGUUAACGGACUUUUUACCGCGAGAACUGACUGAACGGACUGACGUCUGAAAGCAUCUUUCAGGUCUUCUUGUAUGGCUUGCUCAAGCCCUGUUGUAAAAUAAACUAAAGUGGAUGGGGGUCUCUCACAUCUCAGAUGUGGAAAGUAUAAUUUUAUAUUUGUAUUUUCAAAUAAUAAUGAUAAUAAUAAUAAAAAAUGUUUGUGAAAGGUUUCCAUCCUCUACUGUGGUCCAGAAAUCAAUGUGUUUGUCUGGAAAAGAUUACAAAAAAAAAAUAAAAAAAAAAAUAAAUAAAAGAGUUUUGAACCAUUUCACUCAUGGUUUUUAUUUUCAACUUUUUUCAAGCAAUUGAUUUGUGAUUCAAAGGAAAUGAAUAUACCUGCAAAAGAUUGUAUGCCAGAACAUGCACAACGAUUAAAAUGCACAAAGUUGAAUACAGA